AUGAGGCAAGAGCAACCUUUACACUAUUCCACGCCUCUUUGGUGUUCAGUUCAGAUGCAAGGACCACAGAUGGACAGUUCCAAAGAUUUUACUGAAAACCAAAUGAAUUCUCUGCAAGCUCUGAAGGAAGAAAACUUUCAUAAAACUUACUUGCACACAGUCACAAAUUUUAUGAGCCAGUCCCGAAAGCCACCUGUAGGAGUUUUGUUUCACAUUUUACAUAACAUCCUGCUUUCAAAGCAAAAUAACUGUGGUAAUGAAUGCUUUAGAAUUCUCCGGCAAAUCCAGGUCUUACACCCUGUAAUGGCUAUGAGGAUGGUUAAUUUGAAAAUCUCUUGGGAACACAUUUCCAUGAUGGUGGAACUCUCUAGAUGCAUUGAUGACAUGUCACAAGAAAGUAGUCAGGCACUAAGUGCAUCUAUGGCCUUGUCUUUUGUUGUAAACGUUAUGGAAGAGGAGGUUAAUGUCAAGAGAUUUAGCCUUGUGAAGACCUCAGGUUAUAGACUCCUAUCAGUCAAGCAUUUCAGCACUCAUAUUUUUGAAUUGGUUCAGUGGAUUGGAGAUGCCACAAAACAUCCACAUAAAUCCAAGAAUUUGUUUUUGCUGCAGAGAAUGCUAUCAUUGUCGUUGUCAGUGAAUGAGCGACCAGAGGACUUUGCAGGUAGGAUUGCUGAUGAGUUGUUUCUUGUCUAUAACUGGCAGCUUCAGUCAACUAAAGAGAAAAGUCUUCUUCUCCAGUCAAUUCAAUCACAUUUGCUGAGGAUGAAGUUGAUUGAAGUUAUUCUGAGUAACUGUUUUCCUCCUCAAGAGGAACAGGAUAUCAGGGAAGUUCCCAGAAUGGGACUUGCACAUAUUAUUUUUGUUGACUUUCAGCGCAGUCCAGAUGCAAAUAACUCUGAUCACGUUGACUUGAUUGAUCACUGUGAAGUGUUCAUCAUGCUUCUGGCAUAUCUUCUUCAAAGCUUUCUUUUUUGUCGCAAAAGAUCUCUUCAGAAAAACUCUUCUGAUUCACUGCGAAUCAUGUCAAUGGAUGACACAGAUUCUUUACUUGAAACUGAUUCUGAAGUUACAAGACUGAGGGAACGUCUAGAAAACAUCUGCAGUCCAUCACAGUUGUCCUCAAGGAGCUACCAGUUAUUGGAUUUAAUGUCAUCACUCAAAAGUUUUGCACAAAAGCUUCCAUAG